CUUACCUGUCACUGAAUUCGGGAUUUCUUUACGGUUAUUAGCCAUAACAGAUUGUUGUAUUUACCUAGUCUCUAGCUUUUGCCGUCCUUAUGGUCCUUUUCAAUAAGUGUCAUAAAUCCGAUUAGAAAUGUCUUCGUGCGUUAUUUGAAAGUGCAGAGUGUAAAGUGGGUUUCUCAGGAAAUGGACUGGAGUGGAACAUUCUUAUCGAGCACGUACGUGUAAAAAUGGUGAUGUGUAGUUUGUUCUGUGUGCCUGUUUAGUCGAUAUAUUCAAUGCGAUUUUAUUAGAUAGUCAUUAAAUUCCCCGUAGCUUACUAUAACUAGCGAACUUUGAACAUUUUUAAAACUAUGAACGGAGAUAAUUGUUACAUAAACUGGCUGCAGCUAGAGAUAGAAUAAGCACGUGUUCUAUAAGCCAUUUAGCCUAGAAGUCAAAUGAAACAUCAUGAAGAACUAGCGGAGUACAGUGCGCAAGAUGGAAGCAGAUCCAUUCUUCUUGAGAAACAGUACCCGGAAGAUAGCGGGCGUAUUGUCAGUUAUGAAGUGCAGAGAACUGGGACAGCAACAUCAAAGUUUAUCUGAACUUAGAGAAACGCUUGAAAUAUCCAUCUGGCAUCAGCCUGCGCUUCUACUUCCUGAUGCUCCUGUCACCAGUUCAGCUUCAACAGUAAUGCUGCUGGAUUCGGAACGACGCCCGGUAGAGGCGCUAGUGGAGGCGCCGUUAGUUCUCCCGUCCGUCAGACCCGCGACUCGAAGUGCCGGCGUCGGUUGUAUAGACGCUUUGCUCCCAUUCGAUAUACCUGCUGAGGACGCUUGACACCAAAUCUUUUGUGUGAGGUCAACGAACAAGUCAGCGCUGCUGAAAGUGAGUUCGUGGCCAGACAUACCGGACUGUUCAGCAGGAAAUGGGAAAAAAGAGCACAUCAAAACCAGAAAGCUGAAGGAAACCAGUGAUGGAAGCCGUUACCGAGAGCUGACCCUCUGGUUUCUUCUCGUUAAGUUGUUUUAAUGAAUACGUCUACUGAAACUAUUUUACUUUGGAAGUUAGACCAUUUGGGACGCACGUGUUUUUCGGAUUUCUUUGAUUUCUUGAUAAUUUCUUAUCUUGUGUCCGAUAAUACGUACUAGUAAGUGAGAAGCGUGCCGCCAGAUGGAAGCACAAGUCUGCUGCUACUUCAUCUCCCUACUCGUCUUCCUGCUGCAGUGGGUGAUACCCGGAAUAUCACAGGUUUCCUGGACGCCCAUAUAUGUAGAUGGAAAUAGUCAGGUAGACCUGUGGACACAAGAAGCCAAGGGCUGCAGAUGUCCCUUCGAUUCGUCUCGACAAGACUGUGCGUGUUGCGUGCGAGAUGGGGGCUGCCACUGCGGGAGAGACUCACCUAACCGCUGCAGUCAGUGUGGCCUGGAGCAGCACUGCAGCAACAUGUGCAACAUUACAAUCGACUCGCGCAAUCUGGUCGCACGCUCAGGCAAGACUUUCGGGCAGAUCAAGUCGCCGUCCCUGGAAGGCCCAGGUUUCUGUUGGUACUUACUUCAGCCGGACACUGGCCAGCGCGUUGAGAUUCAAGUUUACCGCCUUGUAAGCGUCGGUCGCUUUAAUGGUAGCAGCUGUGAGGGGGGAUUCCUGCAGCUUGUGGAUGGAGCUGAGCCCCGUCCCCGACCAGGUGACUCACAGAUCUGUGGCAGUAAUGAACGUUAUGCUCCACCUGUGGUGCUGUUUGCAGAUCGGGGAUCUGCGACUCUGCUCUUCCACAUUGCAGAAUCCACCCUUCGUUCACAGUUCCUUGCCUACUUCAGCUUCACUCCUUCGAGCAGUGUUCAAGGUGUAGGAUUCCAGGCGCGAGGUGGCAGGCGCAUUGAACACACAGAAUGUGACUGGCUGUACCAGGACUUCUCAUGUCGGGAGCCUGGAUCCUGUGUGCUAGCAAGUCCUGGUUACCCAGGAUUGUACCCUCCGAACAGGCAGUGCAAGUAUCUUAUUGCUACAAGCUCAAUCCACACGCAGGUCCACAUUAUCUUCACAGCAUUGCUUCUACCCUACAAUCACUGUGGCACAGACUACAUAGCUAUCUACCAAGGAUCAACACCGUCCAGUCAACUUUUGACUACUCUCUGUGCCAACAGAAAAACACAGCUACAAUAUUCUGGGCCCAAUCUCCUCCUUGAGUUCAGCUCGGGCCCUCCUGUGCCACCAUAUGAUUAUAAUGGAUUCUUAGCAUCUCUUGAAUUUGUUGAGAAAUCGUUAAGCACAGAAUCCUCCAACGUUUUACCAGUAAAGACAACUGACCCUGGUGUUAUGAUGGAUGGAACAAGUGCCCCCCGUCAUGCAACGUCGAAAGCAGGGUGUGAAGUCCUGUACUCUGGCAAUGACACAAGAUCAGGACACUUCAACAGUCGAUCCUUAUCUUGGAAACCAUCAUGCAGCAUGACAUUUUUAGGAAGACCUACGGAUAUAGUGCAUGUGUCGCUUUUCAACUAUAUGCUCAGGGCACCUUCUUGCCAGUCUGUUGUGGAAAUAUAUGAUGGCCCAGCUGAGGAAGGUGUCAAACCAUCAAAACGAAUAUGCAGCCCUCUUACAAAGCACGCUCGGGAUCCUAGUGGGAGGUUCUUGGAGCAACAGACAUUUGUGUCUUCUGACAACAUUCUGAUGCUAGUACUGAGACGCCUUGGUCCCCCAACAUCAUCCACAGAAAGUGAUACAGAGUUUCUCAAUGGAGCCUUCCUCUUCCAUGAUGAGCACGUGGAUGGCACAUUGCAGCCUGAUACUCUCUGUGAUGUGGACUACUAUGGUCUCAGUAGUCCAUUGGAAGGGCAGAUCUCAAAUCCAGGAACACAGCAUCUCUUUUGGAACAUUGAAGGGGCUCUCAGAUGCUCACAGAGGUUCAUACCAGCAGCAAAUCAGAGUGUUACAAUUACAGUGUCAACGUUGGCUAGACUGUCCCCUGAUCCUCACUGCCACACACAGUGUGGAGAUGGAGGUUGCCACUGUGUAGCAAAUUUACUUCCUCUUUCUCAGAUGGACCAUUUGCUCUUAGUAACUGAUUCUGGUCAGGCUGUAUCCUGCCUCUGUGGAGAUUUCCAGCAACAAUGGCUUCCAGUAAGUCUACGCAGCUGGUCACCUUUAAAGGUUGUCUACUCAGUUGCACAUUACAGCUGGAAUAUGAAGGGAUUUGUGUUCAAGGCGGCAUACACCUUUAACAAUGAUGCAGCUUGUGGACACACUACAAUCACACAUCCUGCAGGAGAAAUUAUAUCAAAAAACAUCUCAUCUGCAAGUAUGACAUUAAACUACUACUUCCACCAGGAAUGCAUAUGGCUUCUGGAUUCCAAAAUAGAAAGACAACUAACAGUUGAGCUGGCAACACAUCAAAAUCGUCCAUGUACAGCCUGGAAUGUAAGUGUCCAUGAAUACGAAGAAAAUAGAAGUGAUGGUGUUGGUCAGCUGCUCCACACAUUCUGUCCACGUGAUCGUAGUAAAGAAUAUUCACUGCCUUGGAAAAUGAAUACUGUAUUACUUAGGUUACAAGCUAUGACGAGAACUCUCCCACAAUAUGCCAUUCGAUGGAACUCACAAAUAGUACGGGCCAAUACUCGAGUGUCAGGUCCUACAACAUCACCAGGACACAAUGCAGGUACAAGUACUGUCAUUUGUGCGAUAUGGACUUGUAUAAGCAUUGUGCUACAGACAGUGGUAGCAAAAUAGACCAGCAAGUUGGGCUUGUAUAAUUAAUAAGAGUCCACUGCUCAAUCAGGACUCGAUCAAUAACAUCAUGGCACACUCGUUUUUAAUAUUAUUAUUAUUGUAGCCCAUGCACUGAGGCAGAUCUGUAAAAUAUAGUGAAGUAUGCCAGCGAAUGUGUGUGAAUGAAGUGAAAGUUUGUGUAUCAUGCUCAAGUGUUCACAGAAAAUUAAAAAGGACGCAGAACAAAUUUGUAAUGUGACAUUGUAAAUAUCUUAUUAUUUACAUACAGAUUUCUUCCUGAAUGUGUGAAUAGCAAUUAAUAGUCAAAGGACUCUUAAUUGAGGUGCUUGUCCAUACAUGUAGUAUCACUGAAGGGCUUGUCCAAGAUUUUUCAUUGUUACUUACAUCUUCAGAACUCAAGAAAUAUAAUGAGGCUUCCAUCUCAAGAAACAAAUCUGUUGUGUUGGACCAUUCUGUUGCAGUCAUAUCUUCCAUGUAUGGAUUAGUGUUAUAUUUGUGUAGUAUGUGGUACAAUAUGGUGCAGUUAACAAUAAUUUUGUAAACAAGACUUAUGUUAAUGAUGCAUUAAUACUCCAGUGAUUCUUUACUCCCCUUUUAUCAUUCUUCCUGUUGCAUUUGACACAAGUUGACAUCAUAUACAGAGGUAAAGGAUUAGUACUAUAUUUCGUGAUGAUACUUGACCUGCUUGUGGAGGUGUACCUCCAGCAUUUCAUAAUAUUUGGCACUAGGUGAAGGUUAGUGGUUAACUCAGCUGCUUUGUCCCAGGGGGACAAAACCCUUGAAAACCAUUGGAUGGGAGGCUACCUACUACCUG